GGGGGAGAGGCGGCACGGGCGAGCGUCCAGCUCUUCAACCUGUCCAUUUCUGUCGCUAAUUGCCUUUGCUGCGACAAUAACAACCGCCGCCGUGUACUUCAUUAACACAGCUGACACGAAGGAAUCCGCACGGGAAUUGGCGCGAGGAUUUGACAACAGCGCCUCGCUUAUAUUGCGUGGCUCCAGUGCUGCGAUAUUUGUGGCUCCUCCCAUCUUGGCCAGCAACUCUUCUCAUGAAAAUCUGUCCGAUUUGUCGACCUUGAAUGCGUGGAGGCCUCCACCAUGUGGAUCAAAGCUGGUCGAACCGGACGAUGAUAGAGGAAAGCGAGGGCCACCAAGCCAGCAGAUCGUCACUUUGUGGGUUGAAGACAUACCAAUGACCCGGCUGCAGGUACGAUGGCUCUAAGGGUGAUAUAUCCAUCAAUUCGUUCGCCUAGGGCCUCGUAACUGUCGUGGUAUACAUGGGUCCCUCAAGGGCGGAGAACUGGCUUGCAAAGCACGUCAGGCUGCUGGAAAAAUGCUUGGUGGCCCAUGAGAUACUCAUCGACUGGUGGAGCGAAAAGGAAAGCCCCAGUGAAGCAGCGCAGGCCUACUUCCGUAACACCAGCAAGGUCCGCCUUGCGCCUGGAAAGAGGGGGCUCGGAGAUCGGUACUUCGUUACAGAGCACAUCACGACGCCGUUCACCGUCAUCGUAGACGACGACAAGUCAUUUUCUUGCGGUGAGCCAGCGAGCUCUUCGUCGCGAACUCACUUCGAUCAUUCGCCGUCAAUUGAUUAUGUCACGUAGAUUUGAUGCACGGCCUUCUUCUUGCCGCCCAACGCUUUCCCAACAAGAUCAUCACUGUCAAGAAGAACAACCGACACGUCUACUUGUGCAAGGACACUCAGCUACUCUGGUCGGUCACUGGAAGAUUGGUUCCGGCAUAAGACAAUCACUGCAGCCGCAUGCGUGUCCAGGUACUAUCGUCCAGAGAGAUACCGCAUCGAGCCUGAUGGUGCCAUCGGUCUUACCAGUGCCGCUCUGGUGCCUACUUCACUCAUGAAGGCCUACCGAACAAUGAUACCUCCGUAUGGGAGAAGAGGCAGAGGGCACAUGCCUUCUUCCUGCAUUCCUUCGCUUUGCAGGUCGGUCAUAGCUCUGAUCAACCGUGAGCUGAACUGCGAGGACAUGCUCUUUAACUGGCUUGCGGCAAGGCUCAACCCAGACAACGAGUCCAGUGUGUUUCUUUCCUACAGUGGCGGCGGCAUCUUUGAUGGCCGUAUGGGAGGCAAGGCGCUCUGUAAGAGAAAGAACAGCGUCCAGCGUCGAAGUGCUUGUCUCAAUUACAUUAGAGCUAUGUUUCCAUACUGGCCUAUCCCCCGCGUCCCAUCCUACCACGUUGUAGUUGAGGAUAAGAAAUGAUACCCUACCACGUAAUAGUUGAGGUGGGGUGUAUUUGUUUGUGUGUGUUGGAUGUUUUGAUGUGUUUGUUCAAUUAGAUAAUUCGAUAGCGGUUGUAACUGACACAGUCCAGCAUGGACUAAUCACCGCC